GGACAGAGAAGUUGCGUCAGACUUACUUGUUUGCUUUAUUAUUUAGAAUGUGUUCAGUGAUAAAAAUCGUUUUCUUGUUUAUGUGCCUAGGAUUUACCGUGGAUUCAGUUUCAUCAACGCGUAAUUGCCAGGAUGCUUCGCCAGCUGACAUUGCGUUCAUCAUCGAUGGCUCUGGGAGCGUUACGCACGAUGGUUUCAUAAAGUCACUGCAGUUUGUUCAACGGAUUGUAGAUGCUUUCAAUAUAGGGCCAUCAGCAACUCAGGUGGCAUUAAUCGUCUUUGACGACGAUGCUCGUAUCGAGUUUUAUUUUAACAAGUGUAAUGACGUGACAAGCUUAAAGUCAGCUAUUUCAGCAGUGAGUUAUACGGAUGGAGGAACGGAUAUUACUGCCGGUAUUGUCAAGGCAACAGAAAUGUUCAAGGACACAUCUGCAUCAGGACGCCGACCAUCGACUACUGGAAUUGCUAUACUCAUAACAGACGGUCAGAGUUACAACUUUGAGCAAAGUACAAUCGCUGCAGAAAAGCUGAAAGAUCUGGGGAUUAUCAUUUAUACAGCGGGUGUUGGAAAUUCAGUUAAUGUUGAAGAGUUACAAAAUGUGGCCACAAAUUCGUCUUAUUACUUCAACGCAGACAGUUACAAUUCACUGGAAGAUAUCAACGGACCAUUGACGUUGUCAGCUUGUACAGAUAUUGACGGAUGCGUUUGCUACAAUGGAGGAACGUGUACCCCAGGAAACUUUGGAAACAAAUGUAAUUGUCCUGCCAUCUAUACAGGAUUUUAUUGUGAAAAACCAAUAUGUGAUGAAUCUCCGUGCGUCAAUGGAGAUUGCAAAGUUACCGGCGACAACUGGUUUUGUUCUUGUCACGCUGGGUACACCGGAACUCUUUGUGACAGCAAUAUUGACGAGUGUGCCAGCAACCCUUGUAUCAAUGGAAAUUGCAUUGAUGGUGUCAAUAAGUUUCGCUGUUUUUGUCAGCCUGGGUACACGGGUACUUUAUGUGGUAUCGAUAUUGACGAAUGUUACUCUCAGCCUUGCCAGAAUAAAGGAACCUGCAUGGAUGAUGUGAAUUUAUAUACUUGUAUCUGUGCGCCAGGAUACACUGGGAUAAACUGUGCCAUUGAAAUCGACGAAUGCGGAAGUUCACCGUGUCAGAAUGGUGCUACCUGUCUGGAUUGGGUCAAUGCAUUCUUCUGUGAUUGCCCUCCACGUUAUUACGGUGUAUACUGCGAAACAGGAGUAUGUCAGCCCUCUGUAGCCGAUCUCGUAUUUGUGCUAGAUUCAUCCGCGAGUCAAACAAAAGAAGAAUUUGGGAAACAGUUGGACUUCAUUAACAACUUUAUUGACCAUAUUGUAUUAGGAGAGAAAAACCUACAAGUAGGUGUAAUAACCUAUUCGUUUGAAGCGGUUACUGAAAUUUCUAUAGGACAGUAUAACGACAAUGUCACACUUAAAGAAGCGGUAAGUAAUAUCAAAUACAGACCUGGAGCGACUUUUACAGACAAAGGCCUUAAAGCGGCAAAGGAACUAUUUGACAGUACAUCUAGGAAUAGACCGUAUGGACAUUUUGCUAAGCGGUAUGUGUUUGUGUUGACGGAUGGUAUGUCGACAAAAAGACAAGCUACAGUCAAGGCCGCGGGAAAUCUAAAGUCUUCAGCGAACAAGGUCUUGGCUAUUGGAAUAGGUAAAGAAGUGUCCCAUAUGGAGUUACUUGCCAUAGCAUCUAAAGAAAGCACGGCUACGGGACGUUCAUAUGUCUACUCGGUUCAAAAUUUCAAUGCAUUGUACACAGUGGUGAAAGAGUUGGUGCAAUUAACGUGUGACGAAUGCUCAUGGAAGACCUCCUCGAACAUUGUUUUCUUAUUAGAUAUGUCACCGACAAUGUCAGCUGACAAUUUCCAAACUGGUUUAAACGCAAUAACAUACCUCACACACAAAACAGCUGGAAUGGAAACGGAAAACAAUACGGUCAGAGUUGCACUGGUGACGUAUGGAGAUGGAGCAGACACUCAGCUAAGGAGAGCUUUGAAUGACUCGGAUACAAAGCAAAUGUUCUUAUCGUCGAUACAAAGGCUUGUUAUCUCAGACGGUAAUUGUCAAUCUGAUAGACACACGUGUGAAACUUCAAAGCUAACCGAUGCUUUAAAAUUUGCUGACAAUAGUGUAUUUGAUAACAUUGUGAACAAAGGCGAUGACAGUCGAGAAAUUGUAAUAGUACUAUCUGAUGGGCAAGAACGUAUCACUGCUGAAAUGAAUACCGAAUUAGAUAAGAUAAAAAGAGUGGGCAGAUCUGUCUAUGCCUUAGCGUUAGGCGCAAGAGCCAAUAUAGGUAAUCUACAGGAUAUAGUGGGGGACCCAGCGCUAGUUUUUUCAGUCUACGACGAAUUUACAAUAAAUUCUUUAGAUGCUCUUACGGCAGAAUUCUUUUUCAGUUCUUGUGAUCUUACAAAUGACUUUCUUGACGGCAGCUAAACGAAACUUAUGCGAUUUUUUUUCUACUUUCGUAGCGUCUACCUUUCAUAAAGUUUCGUACAUAUGAAGGAAACGCGUUUGAUAGUGUCUUACCAAUGUUGUUUUCAUCAACGAAGUAUGUAAACGGAAUGACUGAUAGCUUCUCGUAUCCCUGUUGAAAAAAGAAAUGCAAGUUAUUGAGCUAUACACACAUGUUGGACUUAAAAAGCAACUAAGAAUCAAAGAUAGUUUUUUUUUUCGCCUGACCGUUAAUAUCUUCCUUUGUUACUUUGCCUAAUGCAAAGGUACCGACUGCAGUUUCAUAUACAAUAACGCAGUCCUGUUUUAGUGGAGCUGUGUUUCUUGAACGUGGCCUUUUCCUAAUGAAUAACUGCUUCCUUUUUGUGUGUGGAAAUUAAUCGGAUUUUUUGUCUCUUAUUACAACAAGUUUAAGACAUAAACAUUGUACUGCUUUUAUAUUUCUUAAUAGUAUUUAAACUGGAUCUACAUUUAUCGUAAAUUUUGAUAUGAAGUAAUGUCCCUUAGUAUAACAAUAUACAUUCAAUUUGCAGGGGUUUCUUUGCUUGUCACAUGAUAAUCUUGUCCUGAAAACAUGUUAAAAUGUUUGAUUUAAACGACUUUAAUACACUAUUUUGUAUUUUGUCCUUGAUUAAACACUAAUAAUUUA